GCCCUCAAGUUCACAACAGCAGUAGCAGCAACUGGAGAAGCAGGCUCCCGGCAACUCAGCCCUUCAAAUCCAAAUCUGCCUGAAGACCUACCUCCUGAGUGGCCGCUGACCAGUCCUUGCCCCAGCAUGGGGACCAUGUCCAGAGCAGCCUUGGUCUUGGCCUAUUUGGCUGUUGCUUGUAUAGCCUCCAAGGGAGGCUUCAAGGCUCCAGGGCAGAGGGAGCUGGGGCCAGAGCAGCUCACCCACCACCUUCAAGAAGUUGGCCAUGCAGCACCCCCUUCCCCACCCCUGACCCGAGCCCUCCCCAUGGAUCACCCUGACACCUCUCAGCAUGGCGCUCAACUUGAAGGACAGAGUGAAGUGGAUCCCCCUCUUCCUCAGGAAGCCAUCCCCCUCCAAGAAGAGCUGCCCCCUCCCCAGCUCCCUCUGGAACAGAAGGAAGUAGACCCACCUUUCCCACAUCAGAAGGAGAUGACCUUCCCACCUAAGCAGGGAGAGGGAAAACCAGCUCCUUUCAUGAGCCGUGGCACCCCAGAGGUGGAGUCUUGGAAUGCAGCCCAGCACUGCCGACAGGGCCAAUCCCGAGGGGCCUGGGGCCACCGACUGGAUGGCUUCCCCCCUGGGCGGCCUUCUCCCAACAAUCUGGACCAGAUCUGCCUUCCUAAUCGUCAGCAUGUGGUGUAUGGCCCCUGGAACCUGCCACAGUCUGGCUACUCCCACCUUACUCGCCAGGGUGAGACCCUCAAUUUGCUGGAGACUGGAUAUUCUCGCUGCUGCCGCUGCCACAGCUACACGAAACGCUUGGAGUGUGCAAAACUCGUGUGGGAGGAUGCAAUGACCCAGUUCUGUGAGGCCGAGUUCUCGGUCAAGACCCGAGCCCACCGGUGCUGCAAACGGCAGGGGGAGGCUCGAUUCUCCUGCUUCCAAGAGGAAGCGCCCCAGCCACACUACCAGCUCCAGGCCUGCCCCAGCCACCAGCCUGGUAUUUCCUCGGGCCCCGAGCUGCCUUUCCCCCCUGGGGUACCCACUCUGGACAAUAUCAAGAACAUCUGCCACCUAAGACGCUUCCACUCUGUGCCAAGAAACCUCCCAGCUACUGACCCCAUCCAAAGGCAGCUGCAGGCUCUGACCCGGCUGGAGGGGGAGUUCCAGCGCUGCUGCCGGCAGGGGAAUAACCACACCUGUACAUGGAAGGCCUGGGAGGAUACCCUUGAUAGAUACUGUGAUCGGGAACAGGCUGUAAAGACCCAUCACCACUCGUGUUGCCAACACCCUCCUAGCCCUGCCCGCGAUGAGUGCUUUGCCAGUCGGGCUCCCUACCCCAACUAUGACCGGGACAUCUUGACCCUUGACCUCAGCCGAGUCACCCCCAACCUCAUGGGCCAUCUCUGUGGAAAUACAAGAGUUCUCACCAAGCAUAAACAGAUUCCUGGGCUGAUCCGGAAGAUGACUGCCCGCUGCUGUGAACUGCCGUUUCCAGAGCAGGCAUGCUGUGCCGAGGAGGAGAAAUCAGCCUUCAUAGACGAACUGUGUGGUUCCCGACGUAGCUUCUGGACAGACUCUGCCUUCUGCUGUGACCUGAAUUCUGGAGAUGAACAGACCAACUGCUUUAAUACUAAUUAUCUGAGGAAUGUGGCCCUAGUGGCUGGAGACACUAGGGAUGCCAAGGGCCAGGGGGAGCAGGGCCCAACUCAGGGAACAAAUAUCAGCCCCACCCCUGGACCCAAAGAAGAAUGAGUCACCCCAGAGCCUUGGAGGAUCAGACUAGGGGAACCCCACCCGACCUCACCCUCCCUGAACACUCAUUACAGUAAACACCUCUUGGAUUUGG